UCAGUUUCAGUCAUCACUGUCAUCAGUAAUUUUUUGUUUAAUUCACGGAAGUUCCUAACUAUAAAUAAUUGUUUGUUUUACAUAUACGUGAUUGAACUUUUCUCCACGAUGCCAACCCAGAUGUCUAUGAAACAACAUCAGCGUGGUCAAACACUGGUUCUAUCCUAUGGAGUUGUUACUCAGGGGAUUCAGGGGAGUCUUGACGAAGUGACAACCGAACCCUUAAUUGCACAUGAUUUGGUUUUGGUUAAAUUUACAUUUAAUCAUAUUAAAGAAGCCGAAACGUUUAAACUUGCAACUAAAAUACAUGUAAAAAAAAUCGCUAGCGCCAAAUCAUCCAUUAUUAAAAUGAAUUUAACUUAUGGAGAGUUUACAGAACAGUUCAUUUGCCCAGAAAGUUGGUCUAUGAUACCAUUGGGAUCAAAGGUACGAGAUUAUCAUAUAAAUGAUUCAUUGAUUUCUAAUUUUGAAGCAAAAAUAACUGUGAAUGAAACUAAGGUUGUACCAGUACAAAAACAAAUACUUUUUGAAGAUGAGGAUCUCAUUGAUUUUCACCUCUGUGCACCAGAUGGUCGUGUUGGAAUUCAAAAGGCAUUUCUGGGUUUACAUAGCGAAGCUUUCAUGAUGAUGCUCAAACGCGAAUGGAAAGAAACACUAGAAGGUAAAAUUGGUAUUGAAGGAGUCACCAAGCAGACUCUUCAAGAUCUGAAGCAAUACAUUUAUUUGGGCACGUUACCCGAUGAGGGCUUAGAGCCACUUCUGGUCAUUGCUACACGCUACAUGAUGGACGAAUUAAAGGUCGAGUGCACUGCGAAGUUGGUGAAAACUAUCACACCUGAGAAACUGGACGAUUUGGUUGAAUUUGCAUGCCUAAAUAAUUUGCCUGAUUUAAUGAGAGCCGUCCUGUUUGAAAGUACAGAUAAGACCAUACAAGGUCUGUAUGAUUUAAAAAUGAACAAGGAGGAAGCCAAACCUGAAGAGAACUGAUUUAUUUUAUACUUUCUUCAUAAUUCAUUCAUUUAUUCGUAAUUAAUUUUUCUCUAUCUGUAUCUGUAAUGAAGAUAGUAGGUGAGUUGCUCCCUAUUUCAUAAAAAAAAUGUAUGUUAAUUUCUUUUAUGUGUAAUCUCAUUUUCAUAUUUUAAUAUUAAUGUAAAAGUAUUUUCAGAAAAAUAAACAAUCUUAAAGUAUUGGUUUUGUGUAUUUUGUAUGCAAUUAAAUGAUAAUUACCAAGUUCACUAUUUUGGGCCUUUUAACCUCUCGUGUGCGCAUGCGUCAAAAAAUCUUGGGUUCCAACCUCGGCUAUGCCAUGUAGAGCAAAAAAUUUUUACGCACGGACCCGGGCCUGCGCAUGCGACGGGUAAAGGCGGACGGAAAAGUUGCACCAUUAUGAUUUAGAACGUUAUCG